AUGUCUUGGUUCCUUGUAAUUCUGUUUUUCAGCCUCACCUAUGGUAGUGUUUCCGAGGCUAGCCAUGACAAGAAGCUUCCUUCUGCUGCUGUGGUUGGCACUGUGUACUGUGACACAUGUUUUCAACAGGAUUUCUCUCAAGGAAGCCAUUUCAUUUCAGGUGCCUCAGUAGGUGUAGAAUGCAAAGAUGGGAAUUCAGUACCGAGAUUCAAGAAAGAAGUGAAGACAGAUGAACAUGGUGAAUUCAAAGUUCAGCUACCUUUCAAAGUGAGGAAACAUAUGAGGAGAAUCAAAGGGUGUACUUUCAAGUUGAUAAGUAGCAGUGAGCCUCACUGUGGUGUGGCCUCAGUUUCCACCUCUUCUUCAGUGAUUCUCAAGACAAGAAAGCAAGGAGAACACAUAUUCUCAGCAGGGUUGUUCUCAUUUAAGCCUACAGAAAAGCCAAACUUUUGUAACCAAAAGGACAGUGUUCAAAACUCCAAGCCACAUGGUUAUGUGAAACCCUUUUCAGGAAUUCCGCCAAAAGUUCAAACUACUGUUUUCAAAUCCAAUCCAACUAAAAGUUCAGACAAAUCUCAUUCAGAUAAAAACUUAGCAGAAGAUUUCUUUUUUCCUCCAAAUCCAUUUCUUCCACCACCAUUGAUCCCUAACCCAUUUCAGCCUCCCCCCCUCAUUCCAAACCCCUUUCAACCACCUCCUCUUAUUCCCAACCCUUUUCAACCACCAAGCCCACCACUCAUUCCCAACCCAUUCCAGCCACCAAGCCCACCACCCCUCAUCCCUAACCCAUUCCAGCCUCCUCCAAGCCCACGUGCACCACUCAUUCCUAACCCGUUCCAGCCUCCACCAAGCCCACCACCAUCUUUGUUUCCUCCUUUUCCACCAAUAGUAAUACCAGGUUUAACUCCAUCACCACCUCCACCUCCACCACCAGCACCAAUUUUCCCUUUUCCUCCUUUCCCUCCACUAUUCCCACCUCUUUUCCCUCCACCUCACAGUCCUGGCACAGCCCCUGCAUCCAAGAAUACUUCCCCUUGA